AUGUCGGCCACUGUGAAUCCGUUCAACCUCAGGAAGCAGCUCGCCUUCUACGGCGCCUAUCACACCGACCCGGUCAACGUGGGCAUCCACAUCCUCGGCGUGCCCAGCAUCAUCUUUGCAACGUCGGCGCUGCUGGCCAAGCAGGGCACCAUCUUCCCGUACGUGCAGGACCACUUCCCACUGGCGGCAGCGUACCUCUCGCAGGCAGGCUCGCAGCUCGCAGCCGUGCUUCCCGCCAAGACGUUUGAGUAUGCGCAGCUCAACCUGGCCGCCGUCUUCAUGGGCAGCUACUGGCUGUACUACAGCGUGCUCGACACCACGGCUGCGCUGCUGCUCGCGCCCAUCUGGUAUGCGCUGUGGUACGGAUCCACGGUGCUCGCACGUACGCACCCGGACGCCACCAAGAUCGCCAUCGGCAUCAAGGCGUUCGGCUGGAUCAGCCAGUUUUACGGACACGGCGUGCACGAGGGCCGUGCGCCGGCUCUGCUCGACAACCUGCUGGGCGCCGUGGUGCUCGCGCCGUUCUUUGUGUUUUUGGAGGUCAUCUUCCACUUUGGAUACCGCCCGCAGCUCCAGAAGGAGCUCAAGAACGACGUAGGCGUGCUCGUCACUAGGUUCCGCACCGAGAAGGCCAAGGCGAAGAGGGGGAAGGCUAACUGA